AUUCGACUCCUAUAUCAUAAAGCCUCGGAACAAAGAAUCGACUCAUUUGAAGGUCGAUUCUCAUCCCUACAGCUAAUUUUAUACAGGAACCUGUGGGGAUUUCUUGUAGUCUUGCUUUGGCGGGGCUGCGUCCAGUUGCCAAGGAAUCUGCUUAACCUGUCCAAACCCCAAAAGACUCACCACCAAAAAUGGUGAAGAUAUUUGUUGGUAAUGUAGCUUCAGCAACUACAGAAGCAGAGCUGCGUGCAUUGUUUGAGCAACACGGUGUUGUGUCAGACUGUGACAUCCUAAAGAACUAUGGCUUUGUGCACAUGGAUGAGGAGGAAUCGGCCCAGAAAGCUGUUGCUGCUUUACACAAGCACGUGCUGAAUGGCUCGCGCAUCACUGUUGAGUAUGCCACCACCAAGGUGCGCAACGCCACCAAGAUCUAUGUGGGCAAUGUGUCUGAGGGUGUCACAGCUUCCAAAAUCAAGGAGCUCUUCCAGCCAUAUGGCAAAGUACUGGAGUGUGAUAUUGUGAAGAAUUAUGCAUUUGUUCAUAUGCAGAGGGAAAACGAGGCCUUGGAGGCUAUCAGGGAACUUAAUCAUACGAAAUUGGAGGAUCAAAAAAUCUUUGUGUCUCUUUCUCGCAGUAAUCAAGCAAAAAAUAGCAGAGGAGAUGACUAUUUCCCCCCUCCUCCCCAUCACUAUCCGCACCAUCCUCCUUACCUGCCCCCACGUCCUCCCCUUGGCGAUUUCUAUCCGCCUCGAGGCCGUCUUCCGCCACCACCACUCCCACCGCCACCUCCCCGCGCCUACUAUGAACGCGAAGCAUAUGAGAGGGGUGUUCGCCAUGACCCGUAUGCCACCGCCCCGCAUUUUUACGACAGGGACCCCUAUGAGCGACGUCCUCCGCCUCCGCAGCGACCGCCCUCGCCUUCCGUUGCCCCUCGCUACUACCGAGAGCGCAGCCCUCUGGGCAGUCGUCGGUCUCUUCUGCCUCCGCCGCCACCGCCGCCGCCACCGCCACCGCCUCCUAGCUACAUGCGCAGCUAUGCCCGUGGUGCUUCAGGCUCCGCUCUUCCUCCCCCGUCCGCUGCCGUGGCCUCCGGCUAUCAGCGUUACUCGCUCGGCUCAGGCUUUGAUAAAGAUGAUUACAUGGAGGACAAGUACAGCAACGGCUUUGGCCGUGGCUACUAAGCUUGCUUUGUCCAGAAAGUCUUUACGUCUCUCGUUUUUGUAUAAGGCAAGCUAAUAAACAGGGACAUAUCUGCAGGAAUUAGGAAAUAUUCUAUGAUGCUUGUAGCUAAUUCUCACAAUGGGUAUAGUGCAGCAAAUAUUCUGUAAUUGUAUUAAAAAGUUGUCAAAUUCCGAGUUAAAAUAUAAUUUCGACGGAUUUUUUUAGUGUAUAAAGGAGGUAGGUGGUAUCACUUUCAGUAUCUUUCCAAGAUAGAAGAUUUGAUUUCUUCAAAUUUUCUUUUAAUGAAGUGGUAUGUUUUGCAUGUUAGUUAGUUUAGAUUGUGAGGGACUGCCUAGUUCUAGUUAUGUAUUGUCAUUAUACUUUGUUACAGGGGCUUAAUGUGCUCCUUAUUUAAGCAAACCCUCGCCCACACCAGCAUGGUUACAUUUUUGUACAACAUUUAGGCAUAUGUUCUUUUUAUUUUUUCCAAAAGCAUGGUAUGUGACUUGCAUUAUUAAGAAAGCUAAGGCUCUAAAUUGAGGUUAAAGAACAUUCUGGUCGAUAGCUUUGUUACAGACUUAGUUAUGUUGCGUUCCAAAGCUGGGACACGCAUAAGAAAGAGGAGGAAGAGGGAGGAUGUUAUUAAAUAUGUGGUAGUGGGCAGAGCCGGGGGACACCAACUGAUCAUCAAAUCGCAUCUUAACAGCCACCCGAGCACAACCUCGACUCGGCACACAACGCAGCGCUUGGACACAACGUCGCCUCCUAGGAAAAAGCAGCGUCACCUAAAGGAACCUCGGGAAAACACAUGACCAUCCGCUACAUAAAACAUAAACUACUACCACGUAGUCAGUAUUACUCCUAUAAAAUUGUCAUCAGCCCAUUAUUCGUUCCCACUGACUCUGUAGCCUUUGAUAUUCAAGUCGUUUUAAUACCUCGAUAUACACUGGACAUGCAUGUGAUUAAAAACUAUUACCAAAACCCAAAUAUUGUAGCCUACCCUACGUGUGAUGGUGUUUCCCUGCGUUGUUAAAACCUUUGAUAAAAUGUACCUCUGAAAAUCUCGACUGUGGAUGCAAACCGAUGUCUUUUUAAAUGGUUGAGCUCUUUAUCACGAACGCUAGUCGAAUUCUGUGCUUGGUGUGGUUACUUUAAAAAGAAAUUUAGUUGUACUAGCAGUCGCUGUCUUUCUAGCCGUUUAAAUAAAACCUCGACUGAUCUGA